GGUAGAGGGGUGUGAAGGUGCUGUAGGUUCGUUGAAGUAAUAGUGUUGAACGGGGAGUUCGGGAGACAAUAGCUUAAUAACGUUUUAUCAAGCUAUCAUGAAAUUAAUCAGGUUUUUGAUGAAACUUAGUCAUGAGACAGUUACAGUGGAAUUGAAAAAUGGAACACAAGUUCAUGGGACAGUAGCAGGGGUUGAUGUUGCCAUGAACACCCACUUAAAAGCUGUCAAGAUGACGGUCAAGAAUCGUGAUCCAGUACAACUAGACACUCUGAGUAUCCGAGGCAACAAUAUCCGGUACUUUAUUCUACCUGACAGUCUUCCUCUUGAAACACUUCUAAUAGAUGACACACCAAAGGCCAGAGCCAAGAAAAAAGAAGCAGCAAUGGGACGAGGGCGUGGUCGUGGCCGAGGCAGGGGGAGAGGAAGAGGUCGUGGCCGAGGUGGAGGUGGAGGAGGUGGAAGACGAUAAUUUUGCUAAAAACAUCACAUGUAUUUCAUACCAUCUCUGCCAUGAGUUGUUGUUGGAUUGUCCCAGAGCUUGUAUAAAUUUUUCAGUUUUAACCUAACCUUUCAAGAUGUAGCUCAGAUCUAAAGUCUUUAAUAAAAAUCUGUGUAUUUUCAUAUAGAACAUGACAGCUUGUAAGGUAUAUGCAAUUGUAUUCACACUUAAGAAUUUUUUUUAAAAUUACAUUUAUUUAAAACAAUUUACUUUCAUCAUUUUCAAACGAAGCUCCUUGUGAAGCGAGAAGGUUUUUCUGUCAAAGUUUAGUAGUUAAGAAGAUAAUAGUUCUACGCAUUCAUUCUGUUUUUACUAGAUCAAAAAAAUUUUAAAUCAAAUUGAAAAAAAAUCAUCUACCAAUUUGAAAUAAUGUUAAGAAAAAAAGGAGACUAUCAAUAAGAGCAGUGCAUCUUGAAAAUCACGUUUCUCUUUUUCCGUUCUUUUGUCUCAUGGAAUGUAUUCACAAACUUUUAUUCAGGAUGUCUUAGAAAUAUGAGAUAUAUAAAGGUGUUAUUGUCAGGAUAACAACAUUUUGAACUGCUGUAAAGGUUUUAAAUUGAUAUUCCAAUUAUUUGUAUUUUGCAUAUGAAGACUCUUUGCUGGAAAUAAAUAUCAUCUGUGACAUGUU